AACAAAGGGACAAAAUGGAGUUUGAAUUUUGUGUAUUCCUGUUCAGUUUUAUCUAGGUAUGAAAACCAGAUCACUAUUUUGUCAGACUACUUAGAAGAAUUUCCAGAAACUGAUGAGCCAGUGUGGAUUCUAGGAAGGCAACACCACCUAAACACAGACAAAUCUAAGUUAUUGUUGGAUAUAAGUGCUCGUCUCUGGUUUACGUAUAGAAGAAAGUUUUCGCCUAUUGGAGGCACUGGUCCUUCGUCUGAUGCUGGCUGGGGGUGUAUGCUGCGAUGUGGGCAGAUGAUGCUGGCACAAGCACUGAUCUGCAGACAUUUAGGAAGAGAUUGGCAAUGGGAAAAACACAAAAAACAACCAGAAGAAUAUCAUAGAAUCUUACGGUGCUUUCUAGACAGAAAAGAUUGCUGUUAUUCCAUCCACCAAAUGGCGCAGAUGGGUGUUGGAGAGGGGAAAUCAAUUGGAGAAUGGUUUGGACCAAAUACAGUUGCUCAAGUACUGAAGAAGCUUGCUUUAUUUGAUGAAUGGAAUUCAUUAGCAGUUUAUGUAUCUAUGGACAAUACAGUGGUCAUUGAAGACAUCAAGAAAAUGUGCUGGUCCCCUCCCCAGAGCAGCAGCGCGGCCCACAGCAGCGCGCAUUUGCACAGAAGUGCUCUUGGCCGAAAUAAGAACACAGCAGGAUUCUGCACAGGCUGGAAGCCCCUCUUGCUUAUUAUACCUCUACGGCUAGGGAUAAAUCACAUAAAUCCAGUAUACAUUGAUGCGUUCAAAGAAUGCUUUAAGAUGCCACAGUCUUUGGGAGCAUUAGGAGGGAAACCAAAUAAUGCCUAUUAUUUCAUAGGAUUUUUAGGCAAUGAGCUGAUCUAUCUGGAUCCUCACACCACUCAAAGUUUUGUAGAUUCAGAAGAAAAUGGCACAGUCGAUGACCAGAGCUUCCACUGCCAGCAAGCGCCACACAGAAUGAAGAUAAUGAAUUUGGACCCUUCAGUAGCUUUAGGCUUCUUUUGCAAAGAAGAAUGUGAUUUUGAUAACUGGUGUAGUCUUGUACAAAAGGAGAUUCUAAAGCAACAGAGUCUACGGAUGUUUGAGCUGGUCCAGAAGCAUCCGCCACACUGGCCUCCUUUCAUACCUCCAACAAAGCCAGAAGUGACAACCACAGGAGCAGAACUCAUUGAAUCUACUGACAAGCUAUUUGAAUUGGAAGAAGAAUUUGAAAUCCUGAGUGUAUGAAGGAAACUGUGGUGACCCUUCUGAGUAUUGAACAUAUUGCUAAUAUUAUUGCAUUGACUUAAAUCAAACAGCCAUGUUAGCCCCAAAGUGCCUGAAAUUACCGAUACCAGAGCACAAAAACCGAGUAGCAUCCAAAACUCCAACAGUGACAGUUCCUGCUGUCAAAGAGCUUUCACAGAUGGAAAGGCAGUAAAAGAUCUUACAAUAAGAGCCUUAGAGGGAACCUCUUUUUAUGUGUCUUUCCUGAAGACAAAUGGACCUUUGAGAUUAAGGCAAAAAUAAGUAUAUCGCUGGGCUGUGUGUUUGGAGAAAGGGGUAACACCAAAUGGAUAUUUCUUGCUCUCGUAUAAUGCAAUAGUUUAGUUCUUAAAGCAAAACAGUUUUCAGUUAAGGAGGAUGUUUACUUCUGUUCCCUCCUGUGGGCUGCAUCGUAGAAAAAAUACAUUGUCAUGUUUAAAAGAUCGACUGGAUCAGAAGAAAAUUGUUUCCUUGUUAAAUAUUUUAACAUGUAUUUGAGCAACCACACUUUAUUACAAAAAUGUUUCUGUAAAAGGAACUAUGUCUAAUGUAUACGUUUUGCAAUAGCCUUCCUGUUUCUGGGAAACCUCAAGAGGAACAGGGGACUCAAAUAGUUGAUAUAGAUCACAACCACUGUUAUAGUUAUGAUAUAUUUCACCUUGACCUUAAAAUUCAGAUCAUUAAAACUUAGGCUGACUUUUCUUUCGGAGCUAAAAGGAGUCAAAGGUGGUUUAACUGUACCUUAUUUAUUUUAAAAAAGAUUUACACAAGUUUCUCUGUUACAGCACUUUAUCUGUGCAUCUAAUAAAUUUCUUAAGCUUUUCA